AUGACAAAAGAAGGCUCAGCAAAGGCUUUUCGGUCGGCUCUAACGCAAAACAGCGACCUUCGAGAACUGGCGAUACAGCCUCAAGCCACGAACUGCCAGAUGUGGACAGCAUACAUCUGGAGAUUUUUAGUGCAAGAGAUCUUCUCGUUCGACGGUGUAAGGGAGUUUUACGCUGCGACGGGUCAGAAUGCUGCGUACUACAUCAAGAACAUCGACGAGAUCGACUGGCUGAUGCAGUAUGAGAACGAGACCCCGGAAGAUAAAUUUGCGAGGCACACGUGGAGAAAACAAGCCAUCGACGCCGUGUUCCCGACGGGCAACGACGAAGGCGGCACCGGGGCCGACCUAUUCCCAACCAAGGACCACCCGUGGCUCGCUUCAAACAGAGCAUCCAAGAUCGACGAGCUGGCUGCACAACUGCUGCGGGCAUUUGGCGUAUUUGCCAGGAUCGUGCCCGACGCCCUGAACUUGACGCGAAAUAUUGUCUCCCACGCCGUUCGGUUCAACGAGGACAUAAUGCACGAGGCGCAAGUGACAUACACUGUGGACCUAGAGACCAGCUCUGACGAUGAGUUCCACAAAAACCUCGACAAUAUGAGCCUCACUGCUGUCAACACCGACAGCGGUUGGCCAGUGAGGAUGAACAGCGUGAUGAAGGGCAUGCUUCAGAGCGAUAUUCGGAAGCGCUUGUAUAAAGUCUGCGUGAUAGAGCCGGCGUUGCAGUCUCAGAGUUGGUCGGCGGUGUCGGAAGCGUUGGGGCUUCAAUACGGGGCUGUGAAGACGGAGGUCAAGUCGGGCGUGGCGGUGGGCUGGGCCUUGAAUAGGAACAACCCGCCUGAGAAGGAGAGCAUGUUCUACAUCAUGGCUCGGAGCCUCGGCUUUGUGUCAUAG